UCACUGUGACGUCACAGAUGAGGAGAAAGCAACUGAGCCAAACCAGCUACUAAAACAACUAACGCCACUUCUCGGUGCUUCUGACAAAGUCGUUUUUAAACUCGGGUUAGUGUUUACGCUGGUCACGAAGUCUAGUUGAGACUCAAUUCGGUGUCUUGAGGCGUUUUUUUUUUAACCUGCAGUCACCGUCAAAUACGUUGUUCAAACAGUUUGGAGCAUCUGCUAAGUGCAGCUAGGCUAGCUUAGCCGUGUGUAUGUGUGUAUGUGCACCGAGCCGGUUAUGACCAGGGGAAGACCCGAUCAAACUUGAGGCUAGUCCGUCGCUGUUAAUGAUUUGUGGCAUAGAUGACAGCGCAAUAAACAAGGGCAGCUGGCUGAUACCUGAAGUAUUAUUUGCCUGUUUGGAAAAUUAACGUCUUUAUUUAGCUAACGGACAGGUUAAUACGUCAGCUAACAGUAGCUAGCAGUAGUGAACUCUUAACCGGGGCGCUUCUAAAGCUCCAGGUUUCAGUGGUGCUGCAGGACCUCCACACCAGAUGGCCAGUGACUCUGCUGCUGCGGGCUUCACCUGCCAGCCUAACGGACAGAACACACCGGCGGAGUGUGCGGCAGGCUCCGGAGGCUACUCAUGUCGCCACCGGUCGGAGUCAGAGACCGAUGUGGUCCCGACAGCCAAAAGCUUAGCCCGGCUGUGCAGCAGAGACGAGGACGAGCGAGCGGCGGCUCUGGAGGAGCUGAGCCAGGAGGUUCUGAUGCGUUUGGGACUGGACCGUCCUGGUUCGGCACGGCUCGGUAGACAAAUGCUGCUGCACCUUCUCCGGCUGUCACAGUCGUGUCCUUUGCAGGAGGUUCGGGGAAAGGCGACCGAGCUGCUGCGGACUGCACAGGAACAAGGUGUUGAAGUACCACGGGCUCUGGCCUCAGGUCCCAGCGCCUUUAUUCCUGCUAAAGAGAUUUUAAAAGAAGGGCUGGAUCAGGAUAUUCUGAUCGAAUCCUUUCUUUCACUGGGUCGAGUGGACCACAUCACCAUGGUCAUGGCCCUGCACCCUGCUUACCUCAGCUGCUUUCUCAGGACCCAGCAUGCUUUGUUGGAGAUGGAUGGCCCACUGCCCCGCCACUGGAGACAUUACAUUGCUGUCAUGGCUGCGGCUCGACACCACUGUUCAUAUGUGGUACAGCAGCACAGCACUGGUUUCCUGGAGGCUGGGGGGGAGGAGAGCUGGCUCAACGGUCUGGAGCACGCUCCCACCAAACUCCGCAGCCUGCAAACACUCAACAAGCUGCUGGCACACAGACCCUGGCUCAUCACACAACAGCACAUCCAGGAGCUGGUGUAUCCCGGAGCUGUCCCGCGCUGGUCAUUAGCUGAACUUAUCCAUGCUGUUGUGCUGAUGGCACACGCCCACUCACUCUGCUCCUUCGUGUGGGGCUGCGGUCUCAAUCCAGAACCGGAUCAUCUCGGGGGAUUUACCUUCCAACCUCCUUCACCCAGUCACUUUCCCCGUAGUCCUCAUAGUCCUGCUCAUGAGGACGGCCGGCAAGAGUUGGUUGACGGAGCGAUGGAGGUGGAGGUGUUGAUGAGGAGGAUGGUGGAGCUGCAGCAGCAGCAGGAGGAGGAGGAAUGCACACAGGAGGAGAUGGUUACCCGCUUCGAGAGGGAGAGGAGUGAAAGCAUUCCCACAGCGGUUGUGCGGGGAGCCCCACCUGACCUGGUGCUGCGCCUGGUGGAGGAUCCAGAGUUCAGAUACGAGGACUUUGCUCCUAGAGGGGAGCAAGCACCACCCACAAUGAGAGCCCAGGACUAUUCAUGGGAGGACCACGGCUACUCUCUAGUUAACAGACUACUGCCAGACAUGGGCCAACUCUUGGAUGAGAAGUUCCAGGUUGUGAGCAAUUUGACCUACCACAGGAUGGCCAUGCAUGAAGGCGUGGACACUCACACUCUGAGAAAAGCCCUGUGGAACUACAUCCACUGCCUCUACGGGAUACGAUAUGAUGAUUACGACUAUGGCAGUGUGAAUGUGUUAUUGGAGCGCGCUCUGAAGGUGUUCGUUAAGACCAUGGCCUGUCACCCUGAACAGACCACAGCCCGUAUUUACCACGCCUUCUGGAGGCACUUCAGACACUCUGAAAAGGUUCAUGCAAACCUUAUCGUGAUGGAAGCCCGUCUGCAGGCAGCCCUCCUUUACACCUUACGCGCCAUUACACACUACAUGAGAUGACAUAUUCACCCACUCAUAUCUGUG